AUGGCAAAGAAUGUGAGUAUGGAAGUUUUAGAUACAGAAGUGAUGGGGAAUUCGGAAGAUGAAGGCGGAAAUACCUUCAAACUACAGGCAAGAGUGGAGAAGAAACCGCAGGAACUCUUACCGCAGAGGGAGAGCAAGGAAAGCGCAGAGGCGUCGGCACAGACGGAUGUACCGAGUGAAGGUGACGAGUUGGCGGAACUUUACGAGAGUAGGAAAGCAGCAGUGCCUCCACCUCCUGUGGUCCGACCGAAGGAACCCCGACCUCAGCCGGCCGAUGCCCUGGCCUGCCGCCCGCCGGACCCGCUGUACGUCAGGCGGGUUGGGCAGAGGUUCUGGUCGACCAGACGGAUCCUGGACUGGCAGAGACAGGCGCUGCGUGCAAGGGGGGACCCGGAAGCAGUCCUAAAGCCUGUCCAAGAAUAUGGCGAAGAUUCUGCCCCGAGGAAUUUAGAAAUUGGAGAGAACGACGAAGAACAUGCACAUUACGAAGAUAGAGAACAGGGGCAUUAUGAGAAUGACGAAGAACACAAAUAUUACCAGUACGAUAAAAAUCACGCACGCAACGAGAACGACCAAGAACAUCGACAUUACGAAAAUGACGGGGAACAAGGGCAUUAUGAGAACGACGAAGAACAGAAACAUUACGAGAACGACGAAGAACACGCGCUUUACGAAAACGACGAGGACCAUUCGAACUUAUCUACUCACGUUUAUGCCGAUUUGGACCCCGACUUUCUGGCAGCACAAGAUGCGAUCAAAAAUGCCACAGCUCAGCCAUUCUAUGAGAUGGACAUCACCCCUACCAAUGAUGAACAGGAGCAACCAUUUUACAAGAUGGACGUCACCGCUGCCGAAGAAACGGGGAAACAAGAACAGCCCUUUUACGAGAUGAAUGUCGCCUCAGCUGAUGAGAACAGUGAACAAGUAUUCUACAGGAUGGACGCCGAUCAACUGGCCCAGCCGACUCCGUCAGAGAACGCGUACGAAGAUUUAGAUGCCGAUUUUCUGGCGGCACAAGACGUGGUGGACAGGAGGCACGGUGUAGGGGAACCGAGCAGGGGUGACGGUAACUCGAGGUGCAGUCAGAACUGCAGUAAGUUCUGCAGGUCUCGUCCUGGGCGCAUGGUGGCGCUUUGUGUUGGCGUCAUCAUUGCUGGUAUUGCUGCAACUAUAGUCGCCGUAAUUAUCAACCAACACAAAGUACUGAGUGUCCACCCUGAGGAAAACAUGGUGGUACAUUGGUGGAGAGAGUGGACCCUCUACGUGAGAGCGUACCAGUACUUCCAGCAAAACAAGGACACCGCCGCGGGUUUGGAAGAACGUUAUCCCGGCAAUGAGGUUGUGAUGGUCCUACUGGAAGACAGGUUCUUUUGGCCCAUUGUGUGUCGGCAUUGGGAAAUUUACCGCGACCUGCCGAAAACCUUAGACACGGCUGUAGGCUACGGCAUUGAGUACGGAAUUUCACGUGAGUACAGGAUGGCACACGGCCUGUCAGCAUACAGCGAGUUCUUCUCUUCCAUGUUGAACGCGUUGGAGGCACUGCGGAACAAGACGAAGGCACUGCCAAAUAGGUAUGGCGAGAUGAGGUUGUCACUAAGCGGGCAUGCAUUGUUGGACACUGACGUUGAGGCCUUGGUAAACCUUUUCCCAUACCUGGAAGGAACGACAGAGCUCUAUCUCUUCAACUGCAGAAUUUCUGCUGACGCCGCAACGCUAUUGGCUGGACAGCUGCACCUGCUGCAUACGCUGACUAAGUUACUUCUUAGCCACAAUGAAAUAGGAGAUGAAGGAGUGGCAGCAAUUGCAGACACCUUUCCUCACUUGAAAGAGCUCCAAGUUUUAUACCUUGCAAAGACCUCAAUAACAAACGCGGGAGGACGAGCCAUUGCCAGAAGGCUGGUUCACCUACAGCAGCUACAAGAACUCCGGCUACAGGAAAAUGAGCUAGCGCUCAGUGUCUCUGCGCUGGCAAGGGCGUUCGCCAAUAUGACACGCCUAGAGUACGUCAGGAUGUGGCCCGUCACAUGCAGUGCCGCGUCUCUCCACAUGGCGACGCAACAAGUACGAGACGCUGUCCACACGCUGGCAGGGCAGUUGGUGGCAUACCGCUGGGGCACUCAGCUGUAUGACGGCUCUAGUAGCAAAGCUGUUGCACAGGGACUGGACACAGCAUGGCGACAAGUUAAAGAUAAACUAACAACAGGAGUAGCCAUAUCAAGCAGAAAGUUGAAGAUAGAAUUCAAACUGUUGGUCCCUGAUGCUGGAGACCCUCCACCCAGAGGCUAA